AUGGCAAAUGCAAAUAAGGGAUCUAUUGUUUGGAAUUUUUUAUGGGAAAGUAGAAACAUCAUCACAGAACACCUAUCUUGGCAAGUAAGGAAUGGGCGGAUGGCAAAAUUUUGGGAUGACUUGUGGGAAGGAGAGAAAUCUCUUAGGGAGAUGCUUGAAGAUCAGAGUUGGGUGAAUGAUGUGGUGAAUGUUAUGGGGGACAGAGUGGGUCAGUAUUUUGAAGGAGGACUAAGGGGAGACAUGGUUAGGUGGAAGAAUAUAGGGAUAGGAAGUAAGGGACUUUUUUCCAAACUGGAAGGAAUUUUAAGGUCUAAGACAAUCCUGGUGUCAGAGGAGGAAGACACUCUUUUCUGGUGUGCUACUAAAUUAGGGGAGUGCAGUGUAAAGCUUGGCUAUGAAAUUCAAAGAUAUAGAUUGAGGGAUACUGUUUGGCUGCACAAGUUAUGUUGGAAUAAUGGAACUCUUCCUAAAGCUGGAACCUUUCUUUGGAUUGCCCUUCAUGACAGGGUACUUACUGGGAGUUGA